CUUCCUCGAAAGUCUUUACCCCAAUCGAAGGAUUGUUCCAUUUUGGCGGUGCGGAAAACAUGGCGGAAGAUUUGAACGGUUGCAGCGUAUCCUGCAAGCUGUCUUUGGACGACCUGCAGGCUGUCUGCCGCCGGGAAAGGCUCCACUGUAAAGAACUACAGGUGAACAAGCAUAACAUCGAUGACUAUGAGGUUGAGUACCUCUGUGACUACAAGAAGUCUAAGGAGCAGGAGUUGUACCUGGUCAAAUGGAAGGGCUUCCCUGAGUCGGCCAACACUUGGGAGCCCCGCAAAAAUCUCAAGUGCAAGAAGCUGAUGACUCAGUUCCAUGAGGACAUGGAGCGUGAGCUGAGGCGGCAAAAGAGACGGACCACCUGUCCCAAGCGGCUGGACAAGGACGUAGCCUGGAUCCUGGUGCAGAAAGCCAAACUCCGCAAGAGGCUCCAGUGCUGGGAGGCCGACUUGAACAAGACGCGCAACCAUCCAGGCCGCAUCUUUGUCCUGAACGAGGUGGACCUGGACGGCCCGCCCAGGGACUUCACCUACAUCAACACCUAUAAGGUGGGCGAGGGCAUCGUGCUCAAUGAGAUGGCCGUUGGCUGUGAGUGUAAGGACUGCUUCAGUGAUCCGGUCGGAGGCUGCUGCCCCGGGGCCUCCCUCCACCGCCUGGCCUACACUGACAAGGGCCAGGUGCGAGUGCGUGCCGGGGAGCCCAUCUACGAGUGUAACACCCGCUGCAGCUGCGGUUCUGACUGCCCCAACCGAGUGGUCCAGAAGGGCAUUCCAUUCGACCUGUGCAUCUUCAAGACUGGGAACGGCCGAGGUUGGGGCGUGCGCGCACUACAGCACAUAAAAAAGAACACCUUUGUCAUGGAGUACGUUGGAGAGAUCAUCACAUCGGACGAGGCGGAGAAGAGAGGACACCUGUACGACCGGCAGGGCGCCACCUACCUGUUUGACCUGGACUACGUGGAGGACGUUUAUACAGUGGACGCUGCUCACCAUGGCAACAUCUCCCACUUUGUCAACCACAGUUGCAACCCCAACCUGCAAGUAUACAACGUGUUUAUAGACAACCUGGAUGAGAGGCUCCCGAGGAUAGCUUUAUUUUCAACACGCCCCAUCAGGGCAGGAGAAGAGCUCACUUUUGACUACAAGAUGCAAAUUGAUCCAGUCGAUGCGGAGAGCACAAGGAUGGACUCAAAUUUCAGUUUAGCAGGACUCCCAAGCUCUCCCAAAAAGCGGAUUCGGGUGGAGUGCCGGUGUGGAUCUGACACAUGUCGGAAGUAUCUCUUCUGAUAUGGAUUGUAAACGGAACAUCAAAGCUUGAACAGACACUGUGUAAUAUUUCGGGGAGUUAUGAAAAUUGUACGGCUUUAUUUGUAUUUGUCAACUUUUUUAUUUUAUUUUUUUACUUUCAUAAACUUUUAAGCCUCGUUGGUGCGUUGGGUGAUAUCAAAAGUGAUAUGAUGCAUUUUUGUAAUAUUAUUCUUUUUUUAAAACUUCAUUUUAAAUGUCCCCAAAUGUAUCUAGUAUGUUGGUAAACCAUUUUAGUAAAUCAAUGGCCAAUAUGACCUAAAUGAACCCGCUUAAACAUACAUUUUACACAUCUGGAUUUUAGAAUUUCUUCAGCGCUUACAUAUCUGUUGUGCACUUGUCAGUCUACAUUUUGUCGGUGUUUGAGAAUUCAAAAUCUCAACCUAUAAAUUCAGUGGAACAUAGUCAUUGAAAAUUCUAUGGUGCCCAGUCAUUUUCACUAGCAGUUCUUCCUGUCUCAAGUUUAUUGAGCUUCAAGCCUCGUUGGAAAGAAACAUUAUAAUGUGUAAAAUGUGUGCUUUUAUACUGAUAUGCUUUCAAUGACUUGAGAAAAUGAUUAAGUUGCCAUUCUUCCCCACUUCUUGUAGAUAGUGCUGUAUUUUGUCCUGAAAUAAUGUUUUGGAAUUUUGUGUACCUCCAAACUGUCCUAGUGCUUUUUUUGUUUUUGGGUUGGCCUACUUUUUCUUAAAUGUGAAUGAAUCCCCCCCCCUGACACUCCCGUUUUGUUGUCCUUGAAUUGGUUGUUUGUGAGCUGCAGUAUAAUUUCACAACAAGCCACACCAUGAAACAGCUCUCCAUGGUUUAACCUAUUUGUGAAUCAGAUGAGAAAUGUCCUUUGUGUGGAAGUCAAUAUUAUUGUUCAUGUAGUAAUGUGAUGGCCAAACAAAGCUGUUCCUUUUUUAUUUUAUUUUUUCCUUAUUCAUUUAUAUUUAACUAUUUUUUUAAAUUCUCGUUCAUUUGUAUCAAAAAUAUUUUUUAAGGUUUACAGCCAGCAAAAACAUUGUAAAUAAAAGUUUUAAUCUGG